GAAGGCGGCCUGCCCAGUGGCCCAGCGGGGAUGAAACCUGUGAGCGGCGGAUGCAGCGACGAGACGCCCCUUCCACGGCCGCGUGCAGGGUGGGAGUGAAUGGCUCGUGCCCACCACGCCCAAGGAGGGCCGCUCGUUUGACAAGCUACCUUCAGGGCGCAUUUCGGACUGAAGGAAAUGGGUCGGAUUCUGACUGGCACUUAUGUGAAAAGAAUGGCACUUCUGUCGCACAAGGAGGUGAUAGAUUUCCACAAGCUGCCACCUUCCAGCCCCCUGUGCCAUACCACACACAAUUCCUGAGGGUUCCUUGACCUUCAGGAUUGGCUUUUUGGGAGAUGUUGGGAGCUGUACCACAGAAGAGGGAGAAAGAGAGCCCCCAUUCUAAACGAAUAAAAGUUAUAUGGCUCAUAUCUGACAUCAUGCACCAACGGUGGCUGCUGUUAGCUGCAUGCUUUUGGGUAAUAUUCAUGUUCAUGGUUGCUAGCAAGUUCAUCACGCUGACCUUCAAAGACUCUGAAGUGUAUGGUGCCAAGCAAGGGCCAUUAGUACUGACUGCUAUAACUGAAGUAGAAAAAAUUCAAGUGACAAAAGAGAAGAAAAGAGAAUUUCUUGGAGAGCUUCAGACUAUAGGAAGAAGUCUGUCUGAAGACCUUGUACAUCAACCUCUGAUCCAUAUGGAAAGGCUUGAACUACUCAGGAAUGUGUGCCAAGAUACAUCACUGAAAAACCUCACUCACACCACUGUUUCAAAGUUUGUUCUGGACCGAAUAUUUGUAUGUGACAAGCACAAGAUCCUCUUCUGCCAGACUCCAAAAGUUGGCAACACUCAGUGGAAGAAAGUCUUGAUUGCUUUAAAUGGAGUUUAUCCUUCCAUAGAUGAGAUCCCACAGAACAUUGUGCAUGACCAUGAGAAGAAUGGGCUACCACGCUUAUCUUCCUUCAGUGACUCUGAAAUUCAAAACCGACUGAAGUUAUACUUCAAGUUUUUUAUCGUAAGAGAUCCAUUUGAAAGGCUUAUUUCUGCAUUUAAAGAUAAGUUUGUCCAUAAUCCUCGAUUUGAACCAUGGUAUAGGCAUGAAAUUGCCCCUGGCAUUAUUCGAAAAUAUAGAAAGAAUCGCAUUGAGACCAGGGGGCUGCAAUUUGAGGAUUUUGUGCGCUACCUGGGUGACCCAAAUCAUCGAUGGCUAGAUCUACAAUUUGGAGACCACAUAAUUCAUUGGGUAACCUAUGUAGAACUUUGUGCCCCAUGUGAAAUAACGUACAGUGUAAUUGGACAUCACGAAACACUGGAGAAGGAUGCACCAUACAUCUUGAAAGAAGCAGGCAUAGAUCAUCUGGUGUCAUAUCCCACAAUUCCACCUGGCAUAACUGCAUACAACAAAACCAAGGUGGAGCGCUAUUUCUCAGGAGUUAGCAAGAGAGACAUACGGCGCCUUUAUGCCCGAUUUGAAGGAGAUUUUAAUCUUUUUGGCUACCAAGUGCCAACUUUCUUACUAAACUGACCCCUAAGAGCUGUGGGUAAAAGGAUCUAGUAGAUUAAACUGAAGUGUAGAAAUAAUCUUUUGCGUAACUGGGAUUUCCAGUACUGUAUCUUUUUUUCUAGGUUUCAGAAAUUGUUCUAUGUAUCUGUUGAACAUUUGCCAUAGGAACAACUAGGAAAUGUGAUUUGUUAGCUACUGAAAAUAGUUGUAAUAUAUGGCACUGCAAUAUGUUAUGAAACCUAUUAAACUAGAGAAUGUCACACAUUCCUCUAUCCCUUACCAAAUAGAGGAUGGACCAAUAACUUAUAAAUGAGCUUGCAAGUGAAUGCAUUAUGAAGGAUGCAUUUAGAAAGAGUGGCAGUUUCACUCUAGUGUAAACUGGCUAAGGACCUUACUAUGAAACUCUGAGGUCGACACAGGACCAAAAAUUGUUAAAUAUUUUGUACCAGGAGGAGAUUUCCAGAUUCUAAUGUGGAUUCAAUCUCGAUGCUGUUGUUUUUUCUUAUUUCUUUUGCCAUAGCCUUGUGAUAGGUAUUCACUGCUAUUCAUUCAGGCCAUACAAUUGUGGAUUUUUAACUGAAAACUUCUGAGUUUGUAUGAAAUUAGAAAUCUUCUGCAACUGGAGUCUAGAUCCCACUUCUAAAAAACAUACUGUUGGGGGGAAGAAACAUGCAAGAUUUCUUGUAUUCAAGAGUGACUUUAAACACCACUAUCUACUGUGCAUUUUACCAUGGGUUGCUUUUCUAAUGGUGCUGGCAAUCCUAAUGAUCAGAUAAGCCACAAAAUCAUGCGAGUUUAAGAGUUCCCAUAGUAAACUGGAUCAAUCUUCCAUCCAUAUCUAUCAUCCUCUAUCUAUUGGGACUAAUUUUCAGCUUUAGGAAUACCAUGCAUGCAAUGGGGUAGUGGGCCUCCAUGUAUACCGCCACUGCAUGUGCAACUUUAACAUGGUAUGCAAGACAUACAUCUUUUCCCUAUGAUCCUUCCAUUCUGGUGGCAAUUAGGUGCCUAUGGAUAAACACACAUAUGUGCCACAUUGCAUUAUGCAUGUGCCCAGUAAGAUAUAAAUGCACCCCUGCCCCAUUUUCCCAAUUGACAGCAUAUGUCACUUUAGUAGGGGACAACCCACAUUUCUGAUCUUUCCACAAAAUAUCCCUCUAGUUUUUAUAGGUGAGUUUUUCUCCAUGCUUCCAGGUGAUCAUCUGCCAUAUAAAACCACCAAUGAAUAACUGGCCAAUUCACCAGGACAGGAGCUCAGAGAUGUGUUUGUGUGACUCCUUUUAGUUUAAUAACAAAUUAGAUGCCCAGAACAAUAAUAACAACAAUUCUGAUUUGUGCUCAUUGUGUUUUUACUGGACAAAAACAUUUUUUUUUAGUUCACCAGCAAUAAAAACUCUCUGUUGGAUCAGCUUCACUUCACUGUGUUGCCAAGAGGAGCAGGAGGAACAAAUGGUUAUAUUUUAGGUUUCAGUAGGUCAACAUUUUGGUUUUGGACAGAACUUUUGACAUUUGACAUAAAAGUUGGAAUAUUAUUGUAGCAGUGUCUUAACUUGCUGGGCCAGAAAUGGUCAGAAUGAUGAGAAAAUUAAGUUUAUUCUCCUUAAUCUGGCCAUAUUAUAAUUCUCAAGGAUGUGUUUUGUAUUUGUGAACUUGAAAAAAGAAAAACCGUGCCAAAACUUCUGCUUCCCACAAAAAUGAAGCCUGUAUGAGCCAGAGAUCUAAUUUCAGAAGUAUCUUUGCAGAUCAAGAGCCAUUCUGCAUGUAGCACUGAAUGAGGGGGUAGAUGGAGAGGGCAAAAUUCUGGACUGUACCACCACUUUAGUUGACGGGGGCGGGAGCUGGUUAUAUUUUUGAAUGUUCUUAAUUUUGUGUAAAAAAGACUUAACUGUAUGUAAUAUAGUAGCACAUUUAAAUGGAAAAUAUUUAGUGUAGCCCUCUUCCUGGUGAUGGUUUUUUAAAGGCAGGAACUUUUUUUUUUUUAAAUAAUGUGGGGAGCAUUAAAAUAAAAUAAAAUUUUAUUUUACUCCCUCACAUACAUUUGUGGUCUGAAGUAUAGAUUUUCAGCACCUCAGUCUCUUUGUAUUGAGCACUUGAGCUUCCAUUUUGGAAAUAGAAUGGUGGGGUAUAAAUUCCUCUAAUACCAUAAUGUAAAUUAGUAAUGUGUAGAAUGGCUCUAAUUGAUGUAAGGGGAGUAAAAUUAAGAGUUGUUUUUCAUGCAGUAAUUCCUUACAUAGAUAUAUUUUCUGUGAAGAUAAAUCACAUGUACACUGUGUUAUGCACCCCCCAUACACACCCUGUAACACAGAAAUUAUAGGUGAGAAAAUUACUGCUUGUUAAGGUGCCCUUAACUACUAUUGUUAACAAGAGAUAUGUCCAGUUUGGCAAACUUUGCCAGGCAAAGCUUGAAGUGUUUUUGUGAUUGGGGGUGUGGGGCAUAUUUCCAGUACCUUCAAUACAAUAGGUCUUAGCUGAUCUUUAAAGGAUGUAACAGCUCAGUUAUUUUUAUAUGAAGGGUUAGAAAAGUGUAUUGUUUAAUGCAUUUCAGGAUUAAUGAGCUGAUCAAGUGACCUCUCUGCUGAAUUAAAAUGUAACAACGUGAGAAAUGUGUUGCAAAUCAAGGCCUUAAAAGCUAAUUCUAAUAAAAAAAGAUGACGUUUA